AUGCUCCAUCAAAUCUUACUAUCUUUGGUCCAUGGCCGUCUGCUCUCCAUCAUCGUAGCCCUUCUCAUUGUUAACGAUACCAUCGCCGGGCCUUUCAAAACGCAGGACUGCAGACGCGUUCAACCCCACCAGUCAAUCCAGGAAGCAAUCGAUCAAGCCCAGCCUGGAGAUCGUAUUGAGGUCGAAGGUGGAACAUACUAUGAGCAAAUCACUAUUAAGAAAGCUGGAAUUAAACUUGUUGGGAAGAAGGGUGCAACCUUGAAACCUCCCGCUCAUUUCGACAAGAAUCUUUGCUCUGGUCUUUCUCAGACUCUGGAUCUGAAAGAGACUGAGGCGGGCAUUUGUAUCCAUGGCAACGAUAUUGUUCUGGAAAGAUAUGUAAAGGAGCAUCGUGAGAUCAAGUCUGUUGGGGGAUUCAUCAAGGACGUCUCCGUCACUGGUUUCACAGUCAUCGGCUUCAACGGAGUGAAUAUCGCCGCGGUUGCGUCGGAUCUAAGGGCACUCGUGCAAAAAAAUGUGGUCUCUACAACCGCCAUCCACUACAUUGGCUUGAUGGCCGACGAUUAUUCUGACGCUAUACUUUCCGAAAACCACAUCACAGGCUACUUUACUGCACUCGUAUCUCAGACUCCGGGUGGUAUUAUACAACGGAAUAAAGCUACCAACGUCUGCGUUGGCGCCGCCGCUGACCCUGGCGUUAAGGGUACAUCCAUCAUCGACAAUCGAUUCAGUCUGCGGAAUCCUGGUUGCGACAAGGAUUUUAAGAUCUACGGCGCUGGUAUAGUCGUCUAUGGCGCAACCGAAACUAUUGUCACGGGAAAUGUCAUCGAGAAGUUCAACAACGGAGGUGUAGGCGUGGGUAUUUUCUUGCUCGAGGGACCUGGUGGCGAAAUCGCUACAAAGAAUGUGAUCAGAAAGAAUAUAUUGCUCUACAACGACGUCGCUAUCUAUGACAACUCUACUGGGAUCAAUGAUUUGGGGGACAACACUUGCGACACAUACUCUGUUCCUCCGACUGCUUGUACCUGA